AUGUUUUGCAGUGAAACAAUUCUGUUCUUAGCCAUUUUUCCAUUUAAGAACCAAAAUAUUAUUUCACAAGUGAAUAACUUCGAAACAUUUAAUGCGGAUUUGCAUUCCUACGUGCCGGAUUAUAAUACGGAUAAUUUGAUUUCCAAUAUUAGAUAUACCGUCUGGAAUUUCAUACAGUCAUCGAUUUUGUUAAAUAAUAAAUAUGCAUUGGCAGUUAUUCUAUGUGUAAUGAUUGGAUCCAUUGGAAGCGAGUUUUUACAGUAUUGGCUAACUAAUGGGAUCAGAAUCUUCGAUCUUUAUGACAUGAUGGUCAAUGGAUUAGGCAGUGUAUUGGGUAUAGUAAUAUUCUAUCUGCUAGAACAGAGAGCCCAACUGCAGUGA